AUGGGUGGGGUGGGUCUUGUAGUGGGGGCACGUGAUAAAAGUGCUGUUUUGAGACGUCUCAAAUCUACGCUUGUAUCAGAGGGGAAGGGAGCAGGGAUGAAGCAGGCAUGUGAUGUGAUGGAUGGGCGGGUGUUGUUGUGGGGCAUGUGUCGCCAUGCCAGCAAGUGGUGGGUGGAGUGGAGUGUGUGUGUAAGGGGCUCCUUCCAUGCUCAGGCGCACCCUCCCCUGCCCUCACAUUCCCCUCUUUCCCUCAUUCCCCGUUCCCCUCAUUCCCAUGAUUCCCCCCGUUCCCCUCAUUCCCCCCUUCCCCGUCCAGCUCCUUCCAUGCUCAGGCGCACCCUCCCCUGCCCUCACAUUCCCCUUGCUGACCUAAUCAGGGCCACCAAUGGGUGGGCAGAGGGGCGGAGGGUGGGGGGAGGCAGGUGGAGUGACGUGUACAGGGGGGAAUGGGGGGAAUGGGGGGAAUCGGGGCGGAGGGCGGAGGGGGGAAAGAGCGAGGAGAGGAGUGAGGCAGAGAGCGAUGGUGGGAAUGGAAGAGGGGGAGAGGGGAAGCAGGACGGGGGAGAGGGGAAGCAGGAAGGGGGAGAGGAGGGGGGCGCGUUGCAGAGGAAGCAGGGGAUGCGUGCAGGGAGGGGGAGGGCGCGGGGGCGGGGGGGCGUGUGGGCAGUGAAGCGCAUGAGAGGGGGGCCGCCGUGGGAGUCACUGGAGGCCCACGCACUGGCCUUGGCGCGGGUGGGGCACCCCAACGUGCUCCGCCUCGUGGGGUGGUGCAGCUGGCAGGCUGGGGGGGGCAUCGAGGGGCUGCCAGAGGCAGGGCAGAGGGGAGUGCGGGAGGGGGGAGGGGAGGGGGGUAUGCAGGAGGGGCGGGCGCGGGGAGAGGAAAGGGGCGGGCAGGAAAGGGGAGCGAAGGGGGGUGGGAAGGAGAGGGGAGAGGAGGGGAGCAGGCAGGAGGAGGGAGAGGAGAAGGGCGGGCAGGAGGGGGGAGAGGAGGGGCAGGUGUUGGUGUAUGAGUGGAUGGAGAGGGGCAGCUUGCAGGCAGUGCUGCAGGCAGCCGCGCAGGCGGGCAGCAGCCCCUUGUCCCUGCGGCAGCGGGUGGGCAUCACGGUGGGGGUGCUGAGGGCGCUCAAGGCGGUGCAGAGCCACGGGCAGGUGCACGGCGACCUCAAGCCCUCCAACGUGCUGCUCACUGUUGCCUGGGAGGCGCGGGUGGGCGACUGGAGUGCGGUGCGCAUGGGGCAGCGCGUGCACGUGGACAUGGGCGGGCAUCAGGAAGGUUCCUGGACGAGCGGGAGUGGGGAAGGUGGAGGCAGCAAGGGUGGCAGCAGUGGCGAAGCUGGCGGCAGUGGCAGCGCUGGCAGCAGUGGCAAGAGUGGCCACAGUGGGAGUUCGAGCGAGAGCAAGAGGAGUGGCAGCAGCACCAGCAGCAGCAGCAGUGGCAGUGGAGGGUUGAAGCAGCGGAGAGUGUUGCGGUGCACGGAGGGGCAUGUGGAUCCCGCUGUGCUGCACUCUGACAUUGCUUCUGCCAUGUCAGACAUGUUCAGGUGGGACCCACAUGUUCAGUGUGGGAGUGCUGCUGCAACAGCUGCUUAUUUCAUCUCUCCUACCUCACCCUUUCGCCCUCCCUCUGCCCCUUUUCCUCCGCCAGCCAGGCAUCAGAGCACACAACUCACAUUGGAAACCUCUAAGUCUCAAGCUCACAGUGCCCUGCCCCUCCAUCCCCCUUGUCUCCUCCCGCUCUCUUCCUAUUCAUCCUCCUCACCUUCCCCUUCCCUUCUUCCCCUGCCCGCAUCUCCCUCUCCCCGUCCUCCCAACCCUCAGGCCCAGCAGCAUGUGACAGCCGGCAACGUCUCUCCUCUCCUCGACCCCCUCCUCCCACACCCUCCACCCCCUCACUCCCUCCUCCUCCCCCUCUUCCUCCUCGCCCUCUCCUGCACCUCCCCUUCUCCCUCCUCCCGCCCCACUCCCUCUGCGGCCCUCCGAACCCUCAAGCCCCUUCGAGCCUCCCUGCUGCAAGGGGAGCGGACAGGAGAAAGGCUAGAUAGCAGAGAGGGGGACAGCGGAGAGAGACGAGAGGGUGGGGGGCAGAGCAUAGGGAGAUGGAGCGGGCUGUUCUGGGGGAGUGGCACGGGCAUAUGGGAUGGGCAGGGCAGUGGCGGUGCACUGGGCACACGGCUGGCAAUGCUGGGUUCAGAGGAUAGUCGCGAGUUUGUGGUGUAG